GAUAUAUAAAUCUGAUGCGAUGUGUGGCGAUUCGAACUGUCGAAGCGACGACCGAGCACAGUUGAAUGCGGGAGAAAUCGUCACCGUUUCCGACACCGUUUGCUUUCAUUGUCGAAAGACACGGAGAAAAUUCCGGAGAGUAUUUUCCUACCUGCGCUCUCAUCUGAAGCCGAAGAGAAUUAAGCAAACAUACUGUUCAUCGAUAUCCACAUCGUCGUCGACGUCGUCGCACACAUCCAAGAUGAUAGACAAGAAAGUUGUGCUGUUCGAUCUCGGAGGCGUGAUCGUGACUCCGCCCCAAAGAGCGCUCUUGAAAUACUGUGAGGAGGCAGGACUUCCAAGGAAUUUUAUCUUCAAUGUGAUUUCUCAGGGUCGUGCUAACAACACAUUCGCUCGGCUUGAAAGAGGAGAGAUUACAGUCACACAGUUUGCUACAGAGUUUGAGCAGGAAUGCAGGCGGGUGGCGGAGGCACAAAGUCUGGUAAUACCUGAUAGUUUCAGCGCUACUGAGAUGGUUAACUUCAAGGAUCCGGAUCUUAUUCCUGAGAUGCUGAACGCUGUAGCCGUGCUCAAAGAAAACGGGGUGCAGACAUGCGCACUUACCAAUAACUACAUCGACAACACCUCGAACCGAGCCUAUGCAGCAGGCGGAUUAACGGCUUUCACCUUCUACUUUGAUGAGUUUGUCGAAUCAUGUCGGUUAGGUAUCCGAAAACCUGAUCCCAACAUAUUCCACGAGGCUUUGGCGAGACUAGGAGCCGAAGCCAGUCAGGCUGUCUUCUUAGAUGAUUCUGAAGUGAACACAAAGGCCGCUGAAGCUCUUGGGAUAACAAGCAUCUUGGUUCAGGACCCGAAGACUGCUCUAGAACAGCUCAAGAUCGUCACUGGCAUCGAUGUCUUCAAGCAGGCGGGACCGAUUACUGUUCACCCGGAUGAAGUCACACACAGUUACGUCACAACCAGGAGUAAAGUUCGGUUUCAUUUCACUGAGCUUGGCAGCGGACCUCCCGUCGUCCUCUGCCAUGACUUUGAGGAAGAUUGGGAAGCGUGGAGAAGUCUGAUGCCAGAACUCGCCAUAGCAGGGUUUCGAGCCAUUGCUCUUGAUUUGAAAGGCUUUGGAGAAAGCAGCAAACCAACAGAUACAGAGCAGUACACGUUGAAGAUCUUAUGUCGGGAUAUGACUGAGUUCUUAGAUGCGCUGGGAAUCGCCCAGGUCACUCUUAUCGGUAAAGGUAUGGGGUCAGCCUUUGCUUGGACAUUCGCUAACCAUACUACAGACAGAGUUCGAGCUGUUGCUGGAAUCAACACAUCGCCCUCUGUCGUCAUACCCGAUACAUUUUAUGGUGACCAAAUAAAGAGGAUUGGGUCUCUUCAGGACUACAUCAAAUUCCGCCAUUGUGAUAGAAACAACAACAACAACCCCGAUAUAGAGAUGGAGCAAUUCUACAGAAUAGCAACGUGCCAUUCGAGUGACACGAAUCCCGCCAAAGAUGAUCGUUGUCUUCAAGGCAUAGACGUGAAAGAAGACUUUGAGUUGUCGACGAAGGCAUCGAUGAACUGCCUUUGUAUCGAAGCAGAUAAACGUGAGAAGAAACAAUUGGGUGGUCAUCAUCGAAGCACCAAAUCAAAAUCAAAAUCACGGGGAGCUAACUGGUUUAGGAACAACGCGGCCAAUUGGGAAUGGAACCGGCGACUUAACGGAAGAAUGCUUCUCAUCCCCGCCCUCGUCGUGACCUCGGGUCAAGGAUCACCAAAGGAUGUUCCAGACGUCAGUGAACUUAAAAAAUGGAUUCCGGACGUAGAACACAGCCAUGUUUCGGGUUGUGAGAUCAAGACCGACAGAGAAAGAUCAUCGGAACUUAACCGAAUUCUCCGAAAAUGGCUGUUUACAAUUUACGCAGGCGAGCAUACACCUCUUAUGCCGUUGUAGACUGACUUACCCGAGAAUAGCCACAAGAUGGCGCCCUACUCAUCGAGGAGAACCUACUGAUUUUGGUCAAAUAUAUGAUUUACAGUAAUCGUAAAAAAGGAAAGUUACAAACUAGUAAAGAAAUAUGUAAGGCUGUAGAGAACUCAAAAAAAGUUGAUCAUGAAAAAGCAAAAUUAAAGGACUAACUGCCAAUACUUUAUCAAAAAUGGGAAAAUUUUACCCCUUAAGGCAGGGGAACUGAUUGUAUAUAUAUUGUAAUUCCUGUUUCCUGUUCACUCCCUCACUUUCUCAUAGAUCCGGACACUUACCUGCUAUCGUGUUUGCUUGUUUUUUAUAUUUUAUAUUGAUAUUUUUUUGAAUAACGGUAUAGUUAAAGACCUCCACUGAUACAAGACCCUUAUAUAGUUAUAAUGAAAAAUGCACCAUAUCAUUAUAUGUAAAUAUAACACAUUUUGUUAUCAUGGAUUACGAAGCAGCACCUUCACCUUAUACUUUUUGUUUAUGUAAGAAAAUCUUUGUUCAGAUUGCUUAUAUGUAAUAUGUAAUAUGUAAUGUUAAUUAAUUUAAUAGGUGUAAUUAUAGGUGCAUUAAUUGGUUUAUUUUUUCAUAAAUAUUUGUUGUCAUUUGCUUAUCUAUUUUGUUACUUAUUGUUGUAUUAGUAUUGUUUAUAUAUUCAAAUGUAAAGCUGCACAAAUAUAGUCUAUUAUUAUUAUUAUUAAUUUAUAUUGAACUAAUUAAUUUGCUUAUUAUGUUGUAAAAAUUGUUCCUUUGUAUAAUGUUGUAUCCAAGUAUUACCGUCACCUUUUCCUUUUGAAAGGAAUUGGAGCACAUUCUGUACACUUGUUUUGAAUGUGUACUUUAUUAGUUUGGAUACAAAUGGAAAAUAUUUUUUAAAUAUGUCUGUGUUUAAAAUGUAUGAGACAAUGUACUACAUGUCUGUUUAUACUGUAAGAACAAUUGUGUUCCUAUUCAUCAUUUUGUAUAAUUAUGAAGAUCUGAAUAAUGGCAAAAAAGCUUUAAAAAAAAAACUGUUGACCAGUCCUUGUAAAAAUUAGACUUUGACGUUACAAGCAAUGCCAUCCAUCAGUAAUUCUUAUUGAAUCGGAGGAUUUCGUAAUUUUGUCGAAGGAAUUACAAAAGGAAUGUGUCUCUGUGAGGUAUACUUUCUUCUGGGAGAACUAUCAAUUUGAUAUCUUUGUCCGGCUCUUUCGCAGCGAAGACAGAAUGACGUCGGACAGAGUGAAUAUGAAUGAUAACAAAUCCUUUGUAAACACGUAAAAGCGAAUAAUUUGUAAAGUUAAAUACAUGUCACCUGUAAAAUUUUCCGAUUUGUAUAUAUUGAAGAUGAACAUAGUCACUGUAAAACAUUCGUAACUUAGAAAUUGAGGAGUUUAGCGUUCCCAGGUUUUUUCGAAUGUUUUGAGAAGAGUGCAGCCUAAGUUUGCGACAAAGAUUUUGGGCCUGAGUAAUAAGCUCUCUCAUGAGAUGCGCAGACAAAACGUCAAAAUCUUUCGCUAAAGUCCUAUUAAGGGCGCCCUUUUUAUAAACACUUUUAGUGUACCCUUUGUGUGUAUAAAGAUGUAACAAUUUGCAAACAAAUGAACUAAGUUUUGAGGGAAAAAGAGGAGGUAGGGUUAUUGUCAAAUGGCAAUCAACCACAAUUGCGUCCUUUUCUCAGUAAAUGUGAAAUAGUUUAAGAUUGUCAUAGAAAAUAGAGUUGGCGUGGGAUUACUGCCUUUCAAAGUGAAUUAGAUAGGAGCUUGAGAUUAGCAGCUUACCAGUUCGACUAAACUUUUUUUCCCAAAAAUAAAUGUGACAUAAAUGAGUUCCACAAUCUCAAAACCGAUUAAUUUUGUGAAUCACGAUAAGGCUCGUAUUUUAUACAUUCUAGAUAAUGCAACCAAUUAUGAUUAUGAUCAUAUUCAUCGAUCAUAAACGUAUGAUUAGCAGUACAUCGAGACAAAUUAUAGAUUGUUUAUAUAUGUAUAUAUAUUCUCAGGAAAUGUUUAAUAAGUUUGAUUAUAAUUUUUGUGUGGCAUUAUACCACGGCCAAUCCGUCUGUUUGGAGCCAUAAGGACCUUCUGGCUUUAAAAAAUGAAUCAUUCUUCCUGUAAUAAAUAUAUGUGAUGUAGAUAUCUUAGAAUCAAUUGUUAAUUCCACAUUAUGUCGAUCAAGAGGAGGGGGGGGGGGUGAAGUGGCCGCUGUUCGCGUUUAUCAGGUUUAUGAAAUAAUAAUUUUGAAAGAAAUUUGUUUGUUACCAUCCUUCCAAUCUGAGCAAGUCUCGGAGCUCUGGUGUAACUUUUUUGAAAUUGUAGGUUAUAUUAGGGUUGUAAAACGAUUGCCCUCCCCCCUUCUGAUAAUCCUGGAUAUAUCUCUGGAAAUGUUCAUUGUAGCAGUUUAAUGUGAUAGAACAAUUUGUAUUAACAAUCUGAUCAUAUGAAGAAAAGAAAAAGAAUUCUGCUGGACAUGUAUUCAUGAGCUACGUGAUCAUUACAUUCAUGUAUGCGCCUGUGGUGUAUACAACUCUCACGAAUGAAUGAUUGCUAGUUUGUCUCAAUUCAGGGGUCAUUUGACAGUGUACUGAUCUAUUACCAAUUAUAAUUUAAGUAAAUUGAAGUCUUUUGAAAAUGCAUAGUUGAUAUCAAUUUUGUCAGUAUUGUGUAAAUAAACUCAUAUUUGUUUCAUUUUCAUUUUGUAAAGUUAUGUAGAGAUAAGAAUACGAUAUUAUGUACAGCUACUUAUUGACAGUGAUGCGUGAUUUGAAUAAAAAUAAAAUAUAUUGAAAAUAAAA